AUGUCUAUGUUCUUCAAAGCACCACUAGAAAUUGAAAUAAGGUUGAACAAUGAAGACACAAGAAAACACAUUGAAGUCAAAAAUAUACAUGGUAGAACUGAAAGACUCCCAAUUUACAAAGAUGGAGAGUCCGUGAAAGGUACAGUAACACUAAGAACAAGAGAUGGUAAAAAAGUGGAUCACCUUGGAAUGAAAGUGCAAUUGCUUGGAUCAAUAGAGACAAAUAAUGAUGGGCUACAUUCAUCUAACUUUUUAACUUUAGCUACUGAAUUAGCAGUUCCAUCUCAAUUGGUUCAUUCUGAAACGUAUCCAUUUGAAUUUAAAAAUGUUGAGAAACAAUAUGAAAGUUACAGAGGUAAAAAUGCAAGAUUAAGAUAUUAUAUAAAAGUAACGGUUCAUAGGAAAUCAAAUUCUGAAAUAACUAGAGAGAAGGAAUUAUGGGUAUUUCAGUAUAAUAAUCAAUACAAUAAUGAGAACUCCUUGAACUUACUAUCCAGCACAUCAUCUACCAUAAAAUCUCCUCCAAAAUCGGCUAAAGAAUCCCAUGGUAUCAAAAUGGAUAUAGGAAUAGAGGACUGUUUACAUAUUGAAUUUGAAUAUUCGAAAUCGAAAUUUUCAUUGAGAGAUGUAAUAAUAGGUAGAAUCUAUUUCUUGCUAGUUCGUUUGAAAAUCAAACAUAUGGAAUUAUCUUUAAUUAAAAGAGAAACAGUAGGAGCACCACCUAAUCAAAUUACGGACAGUGAAACAGUUGUUAGAUUUGAAAUCAUGGACGGCGCUCCAGUCAAAGGUGAGACUAUUCCAAUACGACUUUUUUUGAGUGGAUUUGAUUUGACGCCAACGUACAAGGAUGUAAACAAAAGAUUUUCAGUAAGGACUUAUUUGUCAUUGGUGUUAAUCGAUGAGGAUGCUCGGAGAUAUUUUAAACAAAGUGAAAUUUUCCUUUAUCGUGAUCCUUAA